AUGAGUUUUUCUACUCAAUCGCUUCAGGGCACCCCCUUGUCUGUCGGCAUAGCGACUUGUGCUGGCUGUGCUUUUAUGCUUUUUGGCUACGAUCAGGGAAUCUUUGGCGGCUUAUUAGGCAACGACAACUUUAUCGCUACCUUCAACAAUCCAGAUGCCCUUCUCCAGGGACAGAUCACUGCGACCUAUGAUCUCGGUUGCUUCUUCGGCGCCAUCACAGCAAUGGCACUAGGUGGAAGGCUUGGCCGUGUACGUGGUCUUUGGUUGGGAUGCCUGGUCUUGACCGUAGGCGGAAUCUUACAAGCUUCCUCCUACCAUGUUGCACAAAUGAUCAUCGGCCGCUUCAUAGCUGGAGUCGGCAAUGGUAUCAACACAUCGAUUGUCCCGGUCUGGCUCUCAGAGACGUGCAAGCCCGAAAUACGAGGCCGUCUCGUCACUCUCGCACUGGUACUAAAUCAAGUUGGCAACGUCACAGCACAAUGGCUCAACUUCGGUCUUGGUUAUAUACCGACUCAUGGCGUCUCCUGGCGGUUUCCACUAGCCUUCCAAUGCUUCUACGCUCUCGCCACUGUUGCCAUGCUUCCUUUCCUUGUUGAGUCGCCUCGAUGGCUGAUAUCGAGAGGACGAACUGAUGAGGCCCAGAUGGUCAUCUCCCGACUCUUCUCACGAUCGCCAGAAGAUCCUGAAGUGCAGAGCUUUAUAGAAAGUAUCACACUGGGUCUCCAGCAUGAGGCUGAGAAUACCAAGGGGUCCUGGAAAGAUCUCAUCUCCAAAGACGCGCUCCACUCCAGAAGAAGAGUGAUUCUCGGUGCAGGUACUCAAUUCAUGCAACAGUGGGGUGGUAUCAACAUCAUCAACUACUAUUUGCCCGUUGUCUUUGGAACACUGGGUCUUUCGAGACGCAUUGCGCUGAUCUUGUCCGGCUGCAACGUCAUCAAUCUCAUGUUGUCAUCAGCUCUCGGUGCUGUUUUCAUCGAUAGAUACGGUCGCGUUCCACUAAUGUUCUGGGGAGCUCUGGCCCAAGGCGUCUGUUUCAUAUUCGUCGCAGCCGGACUAUCGCAAGGAAGCUAUGAAUGGAGUGCUGUAGCCGUCGCCGGCGUCUUCUUCUACUUUACAGCCUUUGGAACGACCUGGAUCGCGGUCCCAUGGAUGUACCCAGCCGAAGUGAAUACUCAACGCAUGAGAAUCACCGGAGCCGGCAUAGCAACAGCGACUAAUUGGAUCUGCAACUAUGCCGUCGUUCUAGUGACACCUGUCGCUGUGCAAAACAUCAAAUGGCGAUACUAUAUCAUAUAUGCGGCUCUCAAUUUCGCCUUCGCCCCUAUCGUAAAGAUAUUCUACGUUGAAACAAAAAAUCUCACACUUGAGCAGAUUGAUACAAUCUUCGAGGGCCGCACUAUCCAUCCUGCGUCGGAUUCGCCCAUCAUGGUUAACGAGAAGCGAGAAAACGACGUACGGGUGAUUGAGAAUUGGAAAAGCUAAGUAUACAACG